GCCGAGGCGCGGCCGCAGCUCCAAGCGCUGCUGUUCGCCAUGGCCGCUCGCGUCCGGGACCUGGAGGAGCGCUUGGAAGUGCUGGGCACGCUGAGCUACAGCCCCGAGAAGAACACCCUCCAGAGCCAGCAGCCCAUCCUGCCAGACCCCAGCCCCAGAAAGAACAGGGCUGCUGGCUCCGCUUUGCCGGCAAAGAGAAAGAUCCCGGGAGAGUCCCUCAUUAACCCUGGCUUCAAAAGCAAGUCUGUUCCAUCUGGAGUGGACUUUGAAGACUCAUGACCUGCGCUGUUCCAUCCUCCCAACAGCAGCCUUGUCAUCCACGUGUGGCCACUGAGGUCUGCCUGCACCAUGCUGCUCUGCAGGUGCAAUGUGUGCAGGGCUGGGUUGCGUGGGGCAGGCAGCACCAGGUAGACCCAGUGGGCAGUGGCUCCUUGGCUGUGCUGGGGCACAGCUCUGGGGACAGGCGAGGCAGCGGUGACAAAGUGGUAGCUUUUUGCCAUGCAGCUUUUCCCUGCUGACAGGUGCCACCCCUCUGCCCCACUUGCUAUGAGUUGCUGGGGUUUUUAAAAGAGCAUCAAAAGAUAUUUUUUAAAGGUUGUUUGUGCUUAACUUAUUGCCAGUAAAGCUGGUUUCUGGUUUUGGCCAGCAGGUCUGGGUACCCAGCCAGCAUGA